AUGGACGAGAAGGUGGGACCCAACCUACAGGUCCCCUCUCAGCAGGUGGCUUUUAACACUCUGAUCAAGCCGCAGGCUCGCGAACCUUAUGAUCCAACCGUCACUUUCGAGGAAUAUUCCUUCUACGCACAGAAGACGAGAGCUGAGGAGCUGACUUUGGAGUCGCCCGUUCUAAACAUACGCUGUGUUCUGGCCGGGAAGCGAGAUGGUCAUGAUCAGGCUAAUCAGAUCACGACUCAUCUGACUGCGAGUGACUUUACCCAUCGUGAAAGAAGACUCAUGAUCACCGACGAGGAGUGGACCAACGCAAGCCGGGCGCUCAGAUCAGCUUCAUGGGGGGCCUGCUUUUUUCUUAUCACUACUGACAUUCUGGGUCCGUAUAGCACUGGCUUUACGAUGGGUACGCUGGGUUGGGGGCCAGGCGUUGCAUUCUACACAGUCUUUGGUAUCAUGGCUGGGUAUUCGGGGUAUCUCAUUUGGCGAGUCUUCCUUGGCGUGGACAGUUAUGAAUACCCAGCAAAGAACUACGGAGAUCUUGGUUUCCGAACACUCGGUCGAUUUGGUCGCUACAUCACAAAUAUCUGCCAAGGAAUUUCUUUGCUUCUAAUCGUUGGACAACUCACGAUCUUAUUUGGACAGAACAUAUCCCAGAUGUCCAAAUUCCGCCUUUGCUAUGCCGUCUGUCCGGCUAUUUUUGUCUGUGCUUGCUUUUUCGUGACUCAAGUCCGCACUCUGAGAAAUUACGGCUGGCUUGCAAACCUUGCAGUUUGGAUGAACCUAUUUGUCGUUUUCAUGUCGAUGGGUGUGAUGGCUAACUCACCUCCGAAUUAUCAUAUCUCUAUACUAGGGUCUGCUGGUAGUGCAGUCGAUCCGGAGACCAUUAAGCCUGACAGUGCCGGCAAUUAUCCCCCGAUCAUUCACUACAAUACCAUUCCAUCUGAUGGCCUGAUCGGUGCCGUUAACGGCAUGCUCUCCGGUGUAACUGCAUAUGCGGGUGCCCAAUUAUUCGUGGAGUUCUUGGCUGAGAUGAAACGGCCCGGCGACUUUAUCAAGGCGAUGUGGGGAGCUCAAUUCUUCAUCUAUGCCGUCUAUCUCACGUACGGCUGCGUGGUAUAUUAUCUUCAAGGACAGUAUAGUUACAAUCCGAGCUAUCAGGGCGUCAGUAUCUACGCCUGGCAGACUGUGUUUUACAACAAUGUUUUACUUGAUAUUUUCAAGGCUCCUCCUCUGACCACCACGCGUGGAAAGUUCAUUUACGCUGCCUUGGUUCCUGUGUGGUGGAUUAUCGCUUUCAUCAUCGCUGCAGCUAUUCCCGAUUUCUUUGGGUUUGUCAGUGUCGUCGCAGCCUCGAUGCUUAUGAAUCUAACAUACGCUUUCCCUCCAUUAUUCGCCUUGUGCUUCGACAUUCAGAAGAACUCUAUUCACGAAGCUGAUGAUGAAGGGUUUGACCCUGUGACUGGACGCAUUUCCAGAAGCGAUACAGCUGCCCGGCGAUGGAUCCGAGGCUUUAUGGCCGGCGGACCGCUCCAAAUCGCCGUCAAUAUCUGGCACAUUAUCUACUUCUUGGCGGCUCUCGCCAUGAGUGGACUUGGCAUGUACGCGGCUAUUGUUGGUCUGGUCGAUGCUUUUAAGAUUCCACAGUUGACGUCGUUCUCUUGCGUAUCCCCUCUGAACUUGGGUUAG